AUGGCCGCAGAAGCCCCUUCCGCCGAGUCGUGGACCUCAUCCCUCCCACCCGACCUCUUCGACCAGACGACAAUCAUCUCCCUCCUCUCGACCCUCGCCAUCGUCGCGGCCGCCUACCUCGCGUCCCUACGCUUCCUCCCCUCGUCGUCCACGGGGACCCUCCGCUUCCUCUUCAUCUGGCACCUCGCCGACGCGCUGUGUCACUUCCUCCUCGAGGGCAGCUUCCUCUACCACUGCUUCUUCUCGCACGAGCAGAUCUCCGAGUCGACGGCCGGAUACUUCCCCACGCCUGCUGGGUUCUUGGGUUACAGCGAUCGCGUGUAUGGCGCGCAGUCUGGGGGCAGUAAUCCGUUUGCGCAGCUGUGGAUGGUGUAUGCCAAGGCGGAUAAGCGAUGGGCGGGUGUUGACUUGGGCGUCGUGAGCUUGGAGUUGCUGACGGUGUUUUUCGAUGGACCGUUGGCUGUGUAUAUCUGCUAUUGUCUUGCCAAGCGGGACCCCAAGGUCAGCAUCUGGAUGAUUAUCCUGGCGACCUGCGAGCUGUACGGAGGCUUCAUGACCUUCUGCCCCGAGUGGCUCAUUGGUAACCUAAACCUCGAUACGAGCAACUUCAUGUACCUCUGGGUGUAUCUUGUCUUCUUCAACACGCUCUGGGUGUGGAUCCCUCUCUGGGUUAUCUGGUACUCGGCAAAGGACAUCUCCAACGCGCUGAGUGUGCGACAGAGCAAGAAGAGCCUGUGA